AUGUCGAUUCCCUCAGAUUACAAGACAACACUCUUUCUGAACAUCCCCGUCUCUGAUCUCAAGGCGGCACUCACAUUCUACACAUCCCUGGGUUUCGUGCAGAACAAGACUUUCUCUGACGAAAACGCUGCCAUGGUUUCGAUCCCCCUAGAUCUCCAUAUCGACAAUCCCGAUUCAAAGGCAGCACAUACCUCCCCACUCAAAGUUAUGCUGCUGAGCAAACCAUUUUACAAGGGCUUCCUCCCAGCAGAUAGGGAGGUGGCAGAUCCAACGAAAGUCAGCCACGCAUUGCUGUGUAUCAGUAUUGCAUCGAAGACGCAAUUGGAUGGUUUUGUCGAGAAGGCAGGAACCUUGGGUGGGAAGGUUGAUGUGUGUAAGGUGCAGGAUCAUGGCUGGAUGUAUGGACGCUCCUUUGCUGAUCUAGACGGGCAUAUCUGGGAGUUGACUUGGAUGGAUCCUAGUGCCUACCAGGGCAAGGAGUGA